AUGGCCGAGAAAGACGAAGUGAAGCUGUUGGGGAUAUGGGCGAGUCCGUUUAGCCGUCGGAUCGAGAUGGCUCUGAAACUCAAAGGCGUACCGUACGAUUACGUCGAAGAGAUUCUGGACCAGAAGAGCCCUCUGCUUCUCGAACUCAACCCUAUCCACAAGAAGGUUCCAGUUCUCGUCCACAACGGUAAAAUCAUCAUCGAGUCUCAGAUCAUUCUCGAAUACAUCGACGAGGUUUGGAAGCACAAUCCUAUUCUCCCUCAAGAUCCUUAUGAGAGAUCCAAGGCUCGAUUCUUGGCUAAACUCGUCGAUGAACAGGUUUUAAUUACGGGUUUUGUAAUGUUGGCGAAAGCAGACGAGAAGGGAAGAGAAGCUGUGGUUGAGCAGACAAGAGAACUGAUCAUGCAUCUGGAGAAGGAGCUUGUCGGAAAAGAUUUCUUCGGAGGUAAGAGUGUCGGAUUCUUGGAUAUAGUCGCCGGAAGCAUGAUUCCGUUCUGUGUGGCGAGAGGUUGGGAAGGGAUGGGAGUGGAAGUGGUUACAGAGGAGAAGUUUCCAGAAUUCAGCAGAUGGGUGAAGAAUCUUGAGAAGGUUGAGUUUGUUAAGGAUUGUAUUCCUCCGAGAGAGAAACAUGUUGAACACAUGAACUUUAUGGGUGGGAGAGCCAGAUCGGGUUAA